CUUACAUGGAUCAACAAUACGAGUUCUGAAGAUGCAAUCAAUAUAACGCCUCAAAUCCCCCUCUCGCUGCCAAGCAUGAGGCACGCCAACCUUGCAAACACCAAGACAUCUGGACAACCACUAACCCCCGCUCUGACCAUCCUUCAUGAUGAUAUAAACACCCAAUGUCUCCAAGGUUCUAUACAUCGAUCUAAUUCAAACGCAAAUCUUCCUCUAGCAAUCGACAGUCUGCGUCAACAAACCUGCCGUUGCUCACAAGUCGUCAUCACAUCCACAUCACCCCAAUCUAGACUUCCUUAGACUCGACUGACAAUGCGUUUCUCCGCCUUCCUCCUCGCGGCCAUCGUGCCCUUCACCCUCGCGGCGCCGAUCGUCGAGCGCGAUCUCCAGAGCAUCUCGAGCAGCGUCGACAACAUCAUCGCCAAGAUCAACAUCCUCAGCGACACCGUCACCGGCUUCCAGCAGGGUCAGCUCCUUACCGCUCUCAAGAUCCAGGUUCAAACCGGCGACGUCGGCAAGGCCGUCGAUGCCGGCACCAAGUGCGCGAAGGCCUCUCAGCCCCUGAACGCGGAUGACUCCCUCACCCUGGGCAUCAAGAUCCUGCUCGAGCUGCAGCCCAAGCUCAACGGGCUCCUGGACCUGCUCGUCUCGAAGAAGCCCGCCUUCAAGAACGUCCUCGUCCUCGGCCUGCUCGACGUCUCAUUCUUGGUCAAGGCCGAUCUGAAGGAACAGAAGAGCAAGGCCCUGCAAUUCGCCGAUGCUGUCACCGCGAAGUUGGACCCAAGCUUGCAAGGCUUGGCAGCCCAGACAUCCUCGCAAAUCGCCCAAAAAUUCGACGAGGCGAUUGCUGCCUUUGCUUAAACGAGUGCUUCGUUUCGCGCAUCUACUGGCGUGGUCGGAGAUAUCUCGCUAUUAUGUAGCACUGUAAUGUUAUUAUGAUCGCAAUCGCGAAAUUGAAGAAAGAUCCAUCUUCCGCAGAGGUCGUCGUCCAAAAAUUUCGUGCAUAGAGUUUGUGGCCUGUGUCCCCAUGCGUGUGGAACAAGCCACUCGCCAAUGCCGCUUUGCGCUCACACUGUGAGCAGUGUACAAAUAGACGAGACCGGAGCGUAAGCGCGUGUU